AUUAGCAUCGCAACAACAUAUUCCUGUGAUCAACUUCCCAAAAAAAAAACAUAUUCCUGUGAUCCUAUCUGUAUCUGUGUUUUCUAAGGUUGUGUGUCGUUCUGCUCUUUCCCUUGCGUUCCUCUUUCCUCUCUCUCUUCGUCAAACAAGCUUCAGAAAACCAAAUACGAUCGAUUCAUCAACAAAGAGAUCUUCAUUUUCUUCAGAAUCAAUCAUGGCAACCCCUGAAGUUUUGCGAAGAGAACAAGAUCUUCCUCUAUUUGACCAUCCCCAAGGGGAGAAUCUGAAAUCCCGAGGACUGGAUAUUGAGAAGAAAAUCGAGAUCCUCGAGAGCUUGACUGGAAAAGUCAGCAACCGCAGAUCUCGCAGAUGGUUGAAUGAUCGCCUGUUGAUGGAACUUGUUCCUCGUCUAAAUGCAGAAGAAAUCAGAGGCUUGUUUGCUCCACCACCUUGGGGUGAUGAUGUACCGCUGUCACCAUUUUGCAUGACAAAUGUGGGGGAGUGGGACAAAUUUAGGAAUAUAGACAUGGAUAAAGAGGCUACGAUGAUUGAAGCCAUUGAAAGCUCAUCAUCAAAGAGGAAAGUUCGUAUGGAUGCUGACAAGAUGGCUGUACUGAAUGCAUGGCAUAGAGUAGAUUCUCGAACCAGAGAGGCACUUCGCCGGAGCUUUCUUUCUGAACUGAUUGAUGGUUACGAGGUAUGCAUACGGGCUUUCAUCAACGAGAGUAAAGAUGGAGAAAUACUCGUGUUACAUGUUCAAGAUCCUUUUCAUAGAUUGUUGCUGCAUGGCGUCUGUGAGUUCUACAACCUGGUCUCGGCCACGGUCACACAGUCGAAGGGCACGAAAUUAUCGAAGAUGACCAGGAUAAAGAAAAAGAAAGCGGGUUCGUAUGAGCUACCAAACAUCACCCUUUGCCAUUUCCUUAAACUGGCAAAGGAAGGAACUUGGUAAUUCGGUUGGCCAGGAAUUCGAUUCAUCACAUGUAUUAUAAAUGAACUUUGUGCAUGAUUUUAAAUUAGUGGUACUGUGUCUGGAUAAAGAUUAAGCUAUUCUGCUUCUUAGCAUGUGUAACAAUAGUUGAUUGCACAGCUUGAAUGUCGUAUCAAUGUAACCGUAAAUAAUAUCCAGUUCAGUUUUUAGUUGUGUUUUUUAAUUAGUCUAAACUCUAAAGUGACAUGGUAAGGACUUGGUGUUGAGGUCUAAACAAAUUUAAUGUACAGUUUGGAAUUUUCCCUC